CCGGCUGGAUGAGCCGCUCGGCGCGAUACCAGGAGCCCACUGCUGGAAACUGGGCGUCCUCGCAAUGUAAACGACCCCCUCACUCUGAGCCCCUCGAAGAUAUUUCCCACGAUGCACCGCGCUUUGCGUCAAUCAGCCAGGGACGAGCUAAAGGGGUCAUGUUGCAGUGCGUGGAGAUGCCGCCUCUGACGUCACUAACCGGUGAAACUGAUCCCCCUGUGCUUUACAAGCCUCGUCCUCCCGCUCCCCGAGGGACAGGCUCCGCCCUCGGACCCCCAGUCGAGAAGAGCUGGGGGAGAGCAGCGGCGGAUGGAGGGGUCCUGGCAGUGGUCGCGCCUCGGAGAAGCCUCGCUUGGAGGGGAAGGGAAGGGGCUCCGCCCGGCCCGUGUCCACCUCUGCACCCCCUGCCCUGGCACAGCCCAGCCCCACCUUUUUCCCCCUCUCCCUGCUUGCCCCUCCCCCCGCCCGGGAUGCUCAGCGCCCACCUGCUUUCGCCUCCUCGUUAUUUGUGCGCGUUCCCCCGGCGCGUUUUCAGAGAAACUCUCGUUCGGCUGGUGUCUGAUGCCACAUGAACCUUCCGCGACGCGGACAUCGUAGAGGUGAAGGUUUAUCAUGCGUAAGCCCAGGUUCAGGAGAUCGAAAAACAACCAUGAACCUGGAUGGGUGAUACGACUGAUAGAGAAAAUUGUGUCGGACAGACAGAAGUGCUUUUAACAUAAACCGAUCUUUAUGGCCUUUAAAGUCAUCUGUUUUGUCACUUCAGACACUUCCUGAGCUCACGUGGGGUUUUCUUGGCAAAGAUACUGGAGUGGUUUGUCAUGCCCUUCUCCAACUCAUUUGACAGAUGAGGAAACUGAGGCCCAGAAAGGGGAGAGUGACUGACGGCCAGAAAUAGGCUUCAGGUCCACUGUCCCCCGUCCAGGGCUUGCCCCCACCACGACACUGUACUGCUUCCCCAAAAUGCCCGGUCUCUUGUUUCUUGGUUAUCCUGUUGAAACCGUUCGUGAAUGUAAAAAUGAAUUCUGUAUAUACAAAGUUACUAAUAGUGCCAUAUUGGACUGUAUCAAGUUGUAAGCUCUGUUUUAGAAGGAUAAAUUAGCAGCUUCAAAAUGUUUCAUGUCGGAGGCUUAAAUACUUUCUGCUUGUGUCCCUAACUUCAUGUGAUAAGACUCGCUUGUUCCCCUAACACUAAAAUACUAGGAAUAUUAUUGUCCAUACAAAGGAAUUUUGUGACAUGAUUAUUUUAGUUCCAGACUGAUAAGAUCUGAAGUGUAGGGGUGAGGGACACCUCUGGAAAAGACCUGUGUUCUGUGCUCAGUGUCCAACCACGGAAGCUGAAAAUCAUCUGGAAGGUCUUGUCUUACUCAGACACAUACAUGCACACAUUUAAGAAGCGUGUUAACUCUACUGCUGCUGCAGCUGCAUACGCUUUGAUCUGGUAGUCGUACUCCUGUGGCUUAGGUUUGCUCCACGCACGUGCAGCUGGGUCACAUUCCACCAUGAGUCAUUAAUUGAAAUGUUGGCCUGAUAGAAUAUUGCAGUGAAGGUGAAUCGGGGCAAGAAGGUGAAAUCCUUCAGGUACUCUCAAGUAUUUGGAAACAAGCACAAGUCUAGCAAAUAGAUUAUUUUUAUGUCAUUAAUUUUAAAAAGUAUGUUGUGCAGGCCUGUUUUACAUCCUCUGCGUUUUUCAAGGGCUGCCUGAAAUCCUUUUGCAGGCUGCAAGCUGAUGAAGGGCUCUAAGUGGCCCAAGGGCCGAGUGUUGUGUAGGCCUGUUCUAAGUGGUUAGCUUUGGAGACUAGGGCAUGUCUAAUGCCAUGUGCUCAGAAAGAGAGCCAGUUCUGUCAACACCUACUAGUUGCAUACUUGUGAUUUGAGAUAGAAGUGAUCAUUUAUACUAUGUUGCCUAACCGUUUAUUGAUAAAAAUGGAAAAAAUGCUCAUUUGUAAACUUUCUUGUUUCAAAGAAAGUGAUGAUCUUUCAUAAAUGUAAAUUAUGUGAAUAAUAAAGUAAUUUUAUACCACUCAAAAAAAGAGAGAGAGACAGAGCCAGGUUCCUCUGCAAGGUGAAUCUGCCUGGAAUCUGCCUAAGAAAGCUGGUUGUUCUUCAGGAUGUGGCCUGUUAGGAAGACCUGAGUUCAAAUCCAGCCUCCGAUACUUCCUACCUGUGUGAUCCUGGGCAAAACCUUUGAUUGCUUCACAAAAGGAUUCACUGGAGAAGGCAAACCACUCCAGUAUCUUUUCCAAGAAAGCCCCACAGACAGUAUGGUCCAUGGGGUCACUAAGCAUCAGACAUGCUGAACCACUCAACAACAGAAACCCAAAGCUACAGUAUUACCUGAUCUGCCACUUCAGUAACCCUGUCAAAUAAAGAAAGGAGUUCUGUUAAGUAUGACCUGACCUUUUAAAAGUGAACGUUGAUAUAUUUUAUUUUUACAUCAUUUUCCUUUCUAAAUCCUCUUCCUUUCCCUCCCCAGGGAUUCAUCCUUUGGUAAAAGAAGAGAAAAAAGAAGUUCAAUUUUCUUGUUUUAUUAUUAACUUCACAAAUAGAAACACGAACAUUUUACAUACAAAAAACAGACUGUACAUGACGAUGUGAAUCUCUAUUAUAUAUUAAGCUGUUUUUGUUUUUUAAAAAAGUAUAUAUUAAAUUCAAUGCAAUUAUACUAACACUGCCCUGAUUCAGUGCCUUUCUGAACUUCUUUUGUCUUCAGAGCAUUUAAAAACAUUUAAUUGAUGCUUCUUUCUUCUUUUUUUUGUGUCACUUUCUCUACCCAUUCAUUUCCCCCACCCCUGCAAAUAAAAGUCCUCCCUUGUCACAGUCAGGCAAAACAAAUUCACAUUGGCUAGGUUUCCUCUCCAUCACUAAAAACAAGAAUACUUGAGCAAGAUAAUUCAACUAUUGUUUGUUGUAUCAGCUCUGUUAGUAAUUGAAGUGUUAAACAUCCAGAAUACAUUCCUCCUCGAAUAAGGAAGGCAAUAUCUUUUCUCAUUCUCCACGGUUAUGCUGGGUGACUCUAAUUCCAUACUGUGGAAUUAGGAUUUUUUUUAUUAAUUGAUAUGACAUAUAUAAUGAAUAUACUAAUAAUUCAGUUUUUUAAGAGCUGCCUCUCUGGCUCAGGAGUCAGAAGCUUACAAUGCAACUUGAAAUAAUCAGACUUUGACAACGCUUGUAAUCACUGGCAUACUUGUGCCAGUGUAUCACAAGUGAACCAAAUCAAAGAUUGUAGAACCUGUUCCCACCACAGAAUUCCAGUUCUGUACCCUAGGGGAGAUGGUCAUGACUCCCAAAGACUUGACUCCAGAAUUGUAUUGUGGGAUUUGGGGGUUUCUUGUGGAUUACAAAUGAUUGUUUGUAAUCCACCUUUCCCCCCGCCCCAACCUGUGAUCUAAGUAUAUAACCUGUGCUUGUCCUUCAGCUAUGAGAACAUUCUUCACUCUGAAGCUGAUUAGUAAAACUACUUGAUUACUGGCACUCCCACUCUAGGCCUGCUAUGUGCGGCUCUGAGCAUUAUCAGGUUAAAGGCUGGCUCAGUAAAAAUCCUGUUCCCAACAGCAUUCAGUUAGGUUUUUCUGUUCCUCCCAUUUACCUGUAGUCCUUGUGUAUGUUGGGUUUCUAGUUCUGUUUACUCGGUGUCAGUUCACAUCAGGCUUUCUACAUAUCUUUGAAUUCUUCAGUCAUCAUUUCUUACAUCACAGAAACAUUCCAUUAUAUUCACGUGUCCCAGUUUGUUCCCCAUUCAACAGGCAUCCACUUGGUAACACCUGUUCUAGAUGAUGGUAUUGCAGUCAAAAUGAGUUGAUACAGAUGUUCUCUAUGUACAAUACAGCAUGUGCUCACUAAAGGUUUGUACCCAUGAACUGCCUUCAGAGGAUCUCGCUCCAGUAUGAGUUCUUUGAUACUGUUUAAGCAUCCCUCAAGCAUCCCCUCUCAGAGAAGGCUUUCUCACAUUCAUUACAUUCAAAAUGUUCUCUCCAAGGUGGUUGGUUGAUUGUUGACCUUCGUUCUU